CCGAGCAUGUUGUUUACAAAAGUUUAGGAAGAAUCAGAACGAAUGCUGCUCUGGAAUUUGCAUUGAAAAUUUAAAAUAAAUCGAAUCCAAAAUGAUUUCUUUUUGCUAGAUUAUUAUAAGUAAAGUGAGGUAGUAAAGUGCAUUGUAGUUGGUUGAUGUUUUAUUCGUAUUUAGUCGAUUUUCGAACAUAAUUAAAUUAAGUGACCUUGUAAGGCUUCCGCAUGAAAAUUGUUCUAGCCGAGCUAGUAAUUCGUGGCAAACCAUGUUGCUGAGACAAUUUAUCUCGGCUAGUAAUGCCAUCGAGGAGAUUUACAUCGUCAAGCGGGAGCACGGCGACAGCGACGACGAUGAGAACCCGCCGGUGGACAAGCUGGUGCCGGAAACGGGCAGCGUUCCCGAGUCGGUCAUGAUGGUGGCCGCUGCUCCGGCUGUGGUCGCGGUCGACGCGCAAACACUAGCGGAACCGGUCGAGAUCAAGAGCGAACCGGAGGAUGACGAUGGGGUGAUGGUUGUUGAGGUUGAGCCGGAUUCUGGUGCUCCGAAUGCUUUGCUGAGUGUCAAACGGGAGGAAGUGGUGGAAGAUUUUGACGAUGUUCCGCUGGCGGUUCGAUUGAGGAGGAUUAAGGAAGCGAAGAUUGCUGGUCGAAAGAAGCGGAAGAUUAGGAAGCCGGCUAGGUUUCAGGAGUCGGAUUCCGCGAACGACACGGCCCGGGUUGAGGAGGAUGAAGAUGACGACAAGUACACGGAUUGUAACAUUUGCACGAUAAAGUUUCUGACUCGGCACGAGCUGAACAACCAUCUGAAGCGGAAGCACUCGGCAAUGCUUCCCUUUCGGUGCACGACGUGCGUUUCUCGUGAACUGAAAAGCGUUUGGUCGCUGAACAAGCAUUUUGAACAGCACGACGCGUCCAAGCCGCAACAGUGUUGUUAUUGCGAGGCUCGGUUUUCCUCGCGAGUUCAUCGAACCGCCCAUCAGCGACGUUUUCACAAGGACGAUCUGGAGAAUGACACGAUUAGGAAUGCGAAUCGUCGCUUCGUCUGUCGGUACUGCAAUAAGAAGUUUGCGGCAAAGUACAACAUGGAGCGCCACGAGCGAAAUCACGAGAUGAAGAUUACGGACGAUGAUGAGUUUCUGAACCGACGAAACAAGUGCUAUUUGUGUGAAACGAAACCUUUUGAUUCGGUGGCAUCGCUUAUCGACCACCUCAGUGUCCACGUCGAUCAGAUUCCGUACACUUGCCAAAAGUGCGAACCGAUGCCACCGGUCAUCAUAACGUCGGUCAGGUUGCUGAACAAGCACUUGGCGUCGCACGAGGAGCCGGAGAAGCCCAUCAAGUGCGUUUACUGCAGCGAACGGUUUAUUUCCGUGGUAACUUGCCAGGCCCAUGAGCGGACUCACACUGAAGAGAAGCAAGCGGACGAGGUGGCCGUGGCCAAGAUGGAGAGCGAGCGGAUUUCCGCCAAGAUCGUCAUCAUUGAUGGAAUGAAACGGUAUCAGUGUAGCUUUUGUGAGAAUUCCUACUCUUUGCUGAGCACCCUUCGUCGUCACGAGAACAUUCACACAGGAAAGAUUCAGUACGUGUGCAAAGUAUGUGGGAAAAUCUUCAACAAAUCGUCCUGUUUGCUGCAACAUGAGCGAACUCACUCUCAGAAUACGCCAUUUAAAUGCGAGACUUGUGGCCGUGGCUUCAAAGAAACCAUAAGACUCAUUGAACAUCGAAGAAUUCACAGCGGAGAGCGCCCCUUCACCUGCCAGGUCUGCUUCAAGAGCUUCAGAAUCAAACCACUGCUGAAAGAGCACAGCCUUCAGUGCAUUCCGCCGGAGGAGCUCGCCGAGACCAAGUGCCGUUACUGCGAGUGGUCGUUCAACAGCUACCGAGAGAUGCUAAGUCACACGGCCCAGAACCACCCCGUCAUCGAGGAAACCAAGUGCGAAUUCUGCGAUUUGAGCUUCAAAAGCGGUGCGCAACUCGUCGACCACGAAACCAACCAUCGAAAUCCGUCUUCCAUUAGGUGCAAGAUUUGCAACCGCAUCUUCAAGCAGCUGUCGAACCUGCGCCGGCACGAACGCUUGCACAGCAACGAUGCCGUCCCGUACACGUGCGAUCUGUGCGGCAAGAACUUUAGCCAGAGCGGAGCGCUCAAGGUUCACAAGCGGAUCCAUUCAGGCGACAAACCCUACAAGUGCGAACUGUGCAGCAAAACGUUCUACCACAGCUCGACCAUGAACCGCCACAAGCGGUCCCACUACAAGAGCAAAAGCAAACUGUUCCUGUUCGGCGAUCUAAACCCAAGUCAAGCGCAGGAACCGACCGACCUGGACCCCAACAUGCUGGUCAGCCCGCUCGAACAAGCGCUCACGCCCCAGAUUUCCAUCCUCAACAGCUCCGAGCUGGUGACGAUCCCCGUUUCGGUCGAAGCGCAUCACUUUAUCGAUCCACAAGUGCCUACUAACAACAUGCAGCAGCAGGAGCAGCAACUUCCGCUCGCAAGCUUCGAAAUUACGGCGGCUGGUACGCUGAGUGGGGGAGUGACCGCUACGCUGGCGGACGGAACGCCACUGUACGUGCUCGAUUCGAAGCUGUUGAUUCCGCAGACCAUCAUGCAGCAUCAGCAGGAGGAGGAGGGCUCGCCGCCGGGGGAGAUGGUGCUGGGGGCGGAAAUGCAACAGCAGCAGCAGCUGCCUUGAUGUUGGAAGAAGCGAUUUAAGAUGAUUAGAUUUCCGUUGAUACUUAUAGUUUGUCGAAAUAAAAACAGUAAAAAUAAAA